CUAGAAUUUACAAUUAUAAACGAAUACAUCAAACAUCAAACCUUUCGACUAAAGUGUAUUCUCUUUUAAGGACUGUAACUUCAGCUGUUGAAAAAAUUUAGAAACCGCAGCUAAAGAAUCAUGUCUGGUUUUCUUACACAUAAGGACAAAACCCAAUUAUCAAAUUGGAUGAGCAGAGAUAGUCAGUUUGAUCUUUUCUAUAAGCUUAGCCGUGACGGUGUGUCUCCACAUAGGUUCCACGAGUUGUGUGAUAACAAAGGGCCCACGGUGACCAUUUUCUACAACACUGAAAGCAACGUGUACGGAGGGUACCUGUCAGAUAGCUGGGGGAGUACUGGAGACUGGUGUACAGACCAGCGAGCGUUCUUGUUCAAGCUAUAUUCUGCUGGUAACUGGAAACCAAAGAAAUGUCCGUAUAUAUGUGGAGAAACCCAUUACAAGGCGGACUAUUGCGGACCAUGGUUUUUUUCUUUGCCAUCUUUUAAUUCCCAAAAAGAGGAAAAAAUAUCCAGGAAAAAUUAUUACCAUCUAAACAUAGAUAGUUUCUUUGACGGAAAACGAUUUGACAUGAAAGGAGAGUCCGCCAAGUCUGUGGCAAACGGUCACAACAAUGUCACUGAUUUAGAGGUUUACAUGGUGAAGGAUAAGGAACUAAAUUUACCUUGGAGGGAAACCCCUGAAUGGAAUAUACAGACUAUGAAAGAAUUAAAGGAUUUUGUUGCGAGAUAUGAACCACUUGAGGAGAAAAAUAUACAGGAGGUCAACAUUCUACUGUUAGGACAAGUUGGUGCCGGGAAAUCUAGUUUCAUCAACACCAUCAACUCAAUAUUUAAGGAUGAACUAUCCUCUCGUGCAUGCUCUGGAAGCGAAGAAUACAGCGUCACAAAGAAUUUUGAAAAAUUCCGGAUCCGUGACCAUUCGACUAAGAAAUACCUUAGGUUUAGAAUUUGUGACACACGUGGAGUGAAAGAGAGGUUGUUUAUCAACAGAAUAGAUCUAGGCUUUAUCCUUGACGGACAACUUCCAAAUCACUACACGUUUCCAGAAUUUCCGCUGAACACACACUCCAAAAGCUUUGUUGACAAGCCCACAGUGGGGGAGAAAAUGCAUGUGGUUGCAUUUGUCCUUGACAGUACAUCCUUGGACUCUUUAUCAAAGAAUAUUCUAUCAGCAUUGUGGGAGAUGAAAAGCUUUGUUGUUGAAAGAGGAAUACCACACGUUGUGUUACUUACCCACAUUGACAAAAUGUGUAAUUUGGAGAUUGACAACGUUCAGAAAGUGUUCACAAGUGCACGUAUAGAGACCGCUGUUGAUAAAGCUGCUCGUACCAUUGGUAUCCCCAGAUCACACGUACUUCCUGUAAAAAACUACGAAAAGGAAACCCUGUUGAAAACAAAUAUUAACAUUCUGGCUUUAACUACACUUCGCAGGCUGUUGAUGUUUGUUGAUGAUUUUCUUGAGAACCAGUAUGACCAAGAACAGGAAAAUGCACAGAUAUAAGUAACAUUGGAGUAAAAUUCCC